UGUUUUACAACACCCUGCAAGACAGAUGUACUUGUUGUUUUGUUGUUCUUAAUAAAUUUACAGUUUAAUUAUAAAAAAUCAAAUAAAUUAGUCGAAUAUACACAACAUUCAACAACAACGAUACACAACUGCAACGCUUUGGUUUCAUCUCUUUCCAAAUUCUAAAUCCCAUUGCCUAAGUAGAGUAUUUAAGAAAGAGAAAACAAAAUUUGUAUCUAUUAAAAAAUCAAACUAUCGAAAACGCAAUGUCGGAUCUUUUUACCACUCUCGAUAGCAACAGCGGGCAACACGACACACCAAUGGCAUCGCCCUCACAGCACAGCCCCAUGACAAACAACAACAACAGUAAUUCCUCGUCCACACAGAACGGUGGCGCAACAGCGGCUCAAUCAGCCUCUGCUGCUGGUGUUGGUGGUGGUGGUAGUGGUGGUAGUGGCGGUGGUGCAGGGGCUAGUGGUAAUAAGAGCACAAGCCACAGUGCAGCAACGGGCGCAGAGAAUACACCUAUGUUAACCAAGCCGCGACUCACAGAACUGGUCCGCGAAGUGGACACCACCACGCAGCUGGAUGAGGAUGUUGAGGAACUGUUGCUGCAGAUCAUCGAUGACUUUGUUGAAGAUACCGUGAAAUCGACGAGCGCAUUUGCCAAACAUCGCAAAUCAAAUAAGAUCGAGGUGCGUGAUGUACAGCUGCAUUUCGAGCGGAAAUAUAAUAUGUGGAUACCAGGCUUCGGCACGGAUGAGCUGCGUCCGUAUAAACGUGCUGCAGUCACCGAAGCGCAUAAACAGCGUCUGGCCUUAAUUAGGAAAACUAUUAAGAAAUACUAGAUGUGCAGGACGUACGUUCGCGUGGUAUCUGAUUUUUCAAGAGGAUACUUUUUAUUUUCAUUUCUCAUUUUCAUAAGACAACACUCCACUUUAUUUAUAAGAAGAAAAGUUAGAGCACGGCUAAAAAGUAGUUUACAAAUUAUAUCAGAUUUUUUUAAUAUACACAGAAAACAAUAUUAAAGCGGGCGAAGAAGUUUUUUAUUUGCAAUAUUCUAGGUCUAGAUAGGUAAUGAUGAAGCAAUAAAUAAGCACACUCACACUACCUAAUAAGAACAAAUAAACUUGUCUUAAAUAA